CUAAUUCAUUCCCUAUCCUUGCCCGGCAACAACAUCGCAUAUCUGCGUCUUGAUACCCGUUUCUCCAGAUGCAUACGAGGCGAGGCAUUUCAUGCGGUAGCCAUAUAACUGUCGUUUAUCUAUUCGCAGCAUAAAGUCAAGCAUCACUACCAGCAUGCAGCGGCUUUUUAAGACACGGAGAGGAGAUGGAUAUGUCGGGCCAGGACAAUAGCCCCAAGCGUGGGUCAAAGCGCAAAUUGAGUAAUAAAGAUGGACUUGAACUCGGAAAAUGUUUCAAUAAAUCAUCUACGCUCGUGGGCCGGGAGACCUCUUCGUCAACGACAAUUGAAUGCUCGGUUACCAACGAGGACCGACCUUCGAAGCCAGUGGUACCCAGAGAACUAAGGGACGACUAUCACUACAACAAGCUUUAUACGAAAGAGCUGGACUUUCGUCUGCUCGGACAGCAUGACCCGGAAUUCGAAGCCGUGUUGGAGCACGGUUCGCAUCUUGACUUUAAUAAUCCUAAGUCAGUCAUGCAACUGACUAAGACCCUCCUCAAGCGGGAUUUUGGGUUGAUAGUCGAUUUACCCACGGACCGACUUUGUCCUCCGGUACCUAAUCGGCAUAACUAUAUACUUUGGUUAAAGGAGCUCCUUGACUCAUCCUCGACUCCGUGCUUGGACUCUAGCGAACCGGCUCGGCAUGUGACUGGGUUAGACAUUGGUACCGGCGCCAGUCUCAUCUACCCGCUUCUAGGUUGUGUUCAACGACCGUCGUGGUCUUUUGUCGCCACUGACGUGGAUGCGAAGUCGUUAUCUUACGCACGCAAAAACCUUGAGCUAAACAACCUACAAGCCAGAAUCCGUGUAGUUGGUCGCGCCACUACGGACUGUCUUAUCCCCCUGGAUGAACUAGGCCUAGAAACUAUUGACUUUACCAUGGUCAACCCUCCCUUCUACACAUCUGAGGCCGAACUCACAGGUCUGGCCAAGCAGAAAUCCAAGCCCCCAAAUACCGCGUGUACGGGCGCGCCAGUCGAGAUGGUGUGCGCCGGGGGCGAGAUCGGUUUCAUUAAGAGGAUGAUUGAUGAGUCCUUACUCUUACGAGAGAAGGUGCAGUGGUACACGUGCAUGCUUGGCAAACAGUCAAGCCUGGAAGUGCUUGUAAGCGCCCUUAAAGGGAAUGGCGUGACUAACUAUGCUAUUACGGCAUUUGUUCAGGGGAAUAAGACGCGCAGGUGGGCUAUUGGAUGGAGUUUCGGGAACAGGAGGCCGAGUCUGUUGGCUAGUAGGGGUUGUGAGCCCUCAGCUGGGAAAAAGAUCUUGCCGGAACCUACAGAGGUGACCGUUGUUAUGAGACCUAGUUCGCAAGUUAAGCCGGGACAGCUUGAGCAGACCGUUUGCGAUACGAUGGAGGGUCUUGACCUGUAUUCGUGGAGCUGGAGUAAGAAGCUGUCGAAGGGCGUAGGCUUUGUUAAUGGUAAUGUUUGGAGUCGAGCCUAUCGCAGGAAAAGGGGAAGGGGAAGGGGAAACCUGAGCCCGGCCGUGGGAGAUACUGCCGAAGAUGGGCCUUCAUCGCCCCGUCAAAAGAAGCCGAAGCAAACGGCGGAGCAGGAUACGACGCACAGUAUGUUUGGUUUCUUAUUAACAAUACAGGCUUUAGGAGAUAUGAAUGAUAAGGAUCAAGCAGUGAUUGUGGUUCGCUGGCUUCAAGGGGACGAUCAUGCGGUUUUCGAGAGUUUCACGGGAUUCCUUCGAAAAGCCAUUCUCUCGUCAAUCUAAGAGUAAUGAGGUAUAAUAUGAAGUCCUAAUGUUAGUUUAAGAGCGCUAUACACCAAUCACGUGUAAUAUCCAGUAAAU